CUGUGCAGAUGGCUGUUCCGAUUCGCUUGAAGAACAUGCCUCAGCACAUCCGAGCUCAAUAUGGAUUCCCGUUCUCAGGCACAGAUUCGUCCAUUCAGAGACUAGAGGCACAAGACCGAGUUUCCAAUGACUGUGAAGAUCUGGUGAUGCUGAAGUUUCCUCAAACAAAAGUUAUCUUGUGGGAUCAUACAGCUACUGGACCUCCAGUCUUUUUACAUGUAGCUCAGUACAGAAAGCCUCAAAUUUCGAUUCCUGAAAAAGUUCUGCGUCUUGCUCAGAGACACAGUGAGAGUUGUGGUCAGUCAUGGAAUGGGGUUCUUAUUGGUUCCCUCUAUGUUGAUGAUGAUUGUGAAGGCGUGAGAUUUGAAAUUGAUAGGAUAGAUACGUCACCAAAGCAUUCCUCUGCUCUGAAUAGUCUGGCUCCAGGGGAUGUCAUGGUGCCAGUCAAGGUAUCUUUAAGUUCAGCUGCAGAACGAGUAGGAACAGUUGAAGAUUAUACAAGUGCUUUAAAGCUACUGAGGGAAAGAUGUCGGAGCAAAGACAGUGUUGAUCUCACCCACUUUCUCCUCACUAAAGGAUGGUUUACUUUGUAUAGUAGUGGGGAGAAGUGUGUUGCGCACCUGGAUUUCGAUAUUGUCACAGCAAGAACAGUUUUCAAAGCAUAUCCUGUGGCCUCGGUACCGAUCGUUCCCACAGCCCUGUCCAAGAACUUGGCUGGUCCGAUGAGUUUAAGUCAUGUACAGGGCACUCCAAAGAGUGGAUACCUUACCAUGGAUCAUACUCGGAAAAUACUGUUGGUGCUGGAAUCAGAUCCUAAAGUUUAUACUCUUCCAAUAAUUGGCAUCUGGGUGUCUGGUGUGACCGCAGUUCAUCAUCCUCUAAUAUGGGCCUCCUGUUUAAGAUACCUACAUAACCACUACAUGCAAGACAGAGUGUGCUGUCCCCCAGAACAGUUUCUUCUUGUGUUGUACAGUCCUACCCAUUCUAAACCUGAAUUCUAUGAUGUUAUAACAUCUACAGGGGACAGCAAACUAGACUUUGAUGUUUUCACUGGAUACGAGGUGGCUAAUAUAGCAAAGACUGUUACAAGCAUAUCUUCUGGUAUAAUAGACUGCGAUUUGAGUCCAGUUGUGAGUGGUCCAAAAAGAGAAAUCUUUGAUGCUGCUUUAUCCGAAUUCCGGGCACUUGGACCCGGAGAAAAUUCAACCAGAAAGACACCUCUAUGUAAUACAGUAUCAGAUGACAUCCUGCCAAGAUCAAUUCCAACUCCACACCAAGCCAAGGCUACACAUUUCCAGUCUAUGGUACCUGAGGUUUCUUUGAUUUUCAACGAUUCACAGCAGUCUACACCACUGUCUCGUGCCUUAGAAUCUAUUCCUGAAGUCCCCAGUCUUGAAUUAUCCACACCACGGAAUGAUUCUAGACAUACCAGUAUGAAUUCAUCAGGAGCACCAUAUAUUCAGAACAAUUCCAUUCCAAACUCUUAUGAUAAUCAACAGUACACCAACUCUAAUGGACUGUCCGAAGUUCCCUUCAGUCAGCAGAACUGUGUUCAGAAUCGAAUUUCACGGAAUGGCAUGGAGGUACAUCAAGGUUUUGUGCAUCCACAUCUUGUAGAAAAACAGUUUAGAAAUGGAGGUGUAAAUUCCCAGCAUAUGUUUCCAUCAGGGGUUAACUAUGCUACCACAAGUGUUGGCCUGUAUCAUCAAAAAGGAUGUGCAUGUGAAUUUUGUUUAAGAAACUCUGCAUUUGGUGGUGGUGGUCAAGGAUGCAUGGCACCAAAUAACCCAGUAAGUGUCAACACAAACACUAACCACACCAAUGCUGUGUCGUACAAUCAAACGAGAUCCAGCGGACCUGAUACUGUGUCUAACCAAUUUGUGUCUGCACCUGUCAGACCUGAUGCUAUGUCUAACCAGUUUGUGUCUGCACCCAUCAGAACACACAAUCCUAGUAGUGCUCAGCCAAGACAGUCUUUCCCCAUUCCCCAGCCAAUUAUGUCUCCCACAUACCCUCAGGAAUCUCUAAGGAUGCAUGCACCUGUUCAAGGACAGAUCUGUCAAAAGCAAUCAAUGUCUUUGUCGUGUCCCCAGGUCCAAAGCAUAAGGCACCGACAGAUUCAGCCGCAGAGCAUCAACCAGUCUCUCCCAGAAUUCCCUCAUCCAGCAUUGCAUCCAUCUCAGCCUUUUUCUCUACCUCCGCAAAGUAAUCCAGUGUAUGUGCAACAGCAUCAAAGAGAGCAGCAGCAUCAAAUUCACAGCAACUCCUUGAGACAUCCAUCAGUUUCUCAGCAGAAUUCUACCUCUUCAAGUCUCUCCGUGAAUACUCAAGCACAUUGUGGUUCUGUUACCCCACAGAUAAAUCAGUUAGUUGAAAAUCAUCUGCAAGGUUAUCCAGGAAAUCAUCCCCAAGGUUUUCCAGGAAACCAUCCACAAGGUUUUCCAGCAAACCAUCUUCAAGUUUUUCCUGGUUUCAACCAACAGCAGCAGGUUCAGAACGCAUCACUUUCAAGUCAGGAUCACACAGAUCACACAGAAAGUUCGUGCAGUGGGAAGUCAAGCGAUGACAGUGGUCUUAGCGUGACUCCCGACCGGUUGCAUCCCUCGCCGAAAUCUCACAGUCCAGGGUCUUCGAACCAGGCACACCUGUCGGGAUUCGUCCAGACUCCAUCUGUGGAUUCCAUCAACUGGGACAAGGUGCCUCCCGAGAUCUACCAGCUGAUCAUGCAGCAGAAUGCACAGUUACAGCAGCUCCAGUCUCAGAUGCAGGCACUCCUAAAAAAUCAGUCAACGUCUCAGGCAACGCCGUCCUCUCAGCACGACAGUUCUACAGAGACGACUCCAACUGCAGAAAACAUGACGUGCAAGAAACCCGAAACUUGCGAGAUGGCUGUCAACACGACGCUUUUCUCGCCAAACAAGUCGAGAUCUCGGCCAGCCAGUCUUCAUUCCAUACAAAUUCAGACGAGUCCACAGAAGUUGAAUUUUUCAUCCGGGUCCUGCUCUCGCACAUCGUCGGAACGGACGGGGGAAUUUCAUCCUGACAGCGAAACGCAGACGCCGGUGGAGAUGAGACACAAGGGCGUGGUUCAGCUAAACAGCACACAGAGGGAUGAUACGGACAGUGUAGACAUGAACCAGGCAGACAUAGCUGCGGUCGUGAACAACAUGGGCAUACAGAACCAGACCGUGGACAGCAUUCACUCGGAUAUCAUUCUCGACCUGCCCAGCUACCAGUCAUCUCCAUCAAGGUCUGAUGAAUGUAAAGAAGUUGCUUCGAUGGAUGACAGUAACAUGACCAGUCCUAUCAGUGCCAGCAUGUGUGCUCAGCAGGAAUAUGGUUACUCGUAUACAGAUGCUGAUGGAUUUGGUGCAGUCAAUCCUGCCACUUUAGAUGAGGAGUCUAAAGAAUAUUAUGACAAACUACUUGGUAACAUCCGGAAUUUCCUGAACACACACACUGUAGAUACAACUUACCCAACAGAAAACAGUGCUGCUGAAGGCGAUGUAUCUGAUGGCAAUGGUCAUGGACUUUCAAAGAUGGCACCCAGUGGUCUACAAUCGAUAUUACAGCUUCAGCAGUUUGGGAGUAAUGCUGACACGACAUUCAUCCCAAAGAUUAACUACAUGUCUGUGAUGUUUGACUCUGACUCAGACACAUCGGUGGACAUUAACGCCAUGGCGAUGAAGUACCUCAGCGACGAGCAGCUAACACACAUGAUGAAGCUUCAGCGGAACGCCAACAUUCCUAGAAAGACUGGGUUGUUACGACAGGUGCUCAGAGCGGAAAACAUGUCGAACGUUUCGCAGGACGUAUCACGGUUUGGAAUGUCUCCCAACAACAUCACGCUAGACACAAAGAAGUACUUAGAGAAAUAUGGACUCCUCAAUGCCAACGAAACACUGAUGGCGGAGAACACAAACUUAAUUGACCAAACCCUUCAGCUUAGGUUAAACUUCAGCACAAUAACCCCAGAAACAGGGUCCCCAACUCGAGCAGCCUCAGACGAGCAUUUUACUAGACCUUACACAAAUGAGAGAGGCGAUGCUGUUUUUACACCUCCUGAUAGGAGGAAUAAUGUUCGAAGGACACAUGACUUUGUAUCUGAUCACCCUUCCCCAGUUCAAAACUUUCCAUCUCCACAGAGAGUGGAUAACUAUCAAGGUUUAUCACCUGUCUUUCCGGUGAUGAAAAACCAGCCCAGGCCCGUUCAGGGUUCUCCAGAGUCCCCUCCUGUUCUUCCCGUGGCCAACAGACAGUACGCACAUAGGUGCAGUCCACCUCAAAGUGGGUCGGCCGUCUCCGAUCACUGUGGUUACCAGUCACCGGGGUAUGACCAGGAUAAUAUUUUAGAUAUUCAUAAGUUACGACAAUUACCAAAAUUAUUAUAGCCAUUACUAGUCAAAUAUUAUUUAUCACUUUGCAUUUUUAAAUAGCUUUUUUUUGUUUGUAGUGGAUGGAUAAUUUAAAACCAUUUAGCUUUAUGUAGAGUGUGCCAAAGACACAAACGAUUCGUAGUUACUUUGAGAUAAUACUUUGUGUACUGGGUACAUCUAUUUAUACAUUAGAAUCUAUAGGUUCAUUCUUCCAUUAAUUUCUCCAAACAAGCACUGUUUGCCUUUAAUAUGAAAUAAUGCAAAUGUAAUGUACGGAAAUAAUGUAGUUAGGUUGAGACUUUGAAUGAAUAGUCCAAGCACUCAAUUCCUGUUUAGUUUUUUUUUUAAUACUUUGCAUUUUUCUGUUAAAAGAAUUGUUCAUGAUAUCUGACCAUGAGCACCAAGUUACUAUUAAUAUUUUAUGUGCAUGACUUGCUCUGUACUCCACGUUUCUGUCUUGAGUUUUCAAACUAAGACGCCACUAAAAAAGGGAGUCACAGUGGUUAAGAAGAUGAAUUCUUUUAAUACUUGUCCUGACCUCAAACUUUGGUGUACUUUUCUUUAUUUAAGAUAAAGUGUGAACUGGUGGAUCACCAGUUAACAAACAUUUACCAUGACAUGUUACAUGCUUUAACAUUGACCAGUGACGUGAAAUAUAAGUGUUUAAAAAAUCUUACCUGUAUUAGGAACCAAUUUUCUUCCAAAACGAUUUCCAGUUAGUGAAAUAGUUUCAGGUUGUGAAUGGCUGCUCUGCAAAGAAUAUGUCACUAUUUUGCUUUAAAAAAUGGGUAACUUAUUAUCACUCAUGUAAGAGCUCAUCAGUGGACAUCAUAAAAUAUCAACUAUUCUAAAAUUUAACUUAUUUGAAACGUAAAGAUUAAGCGAAGUGAAGUUAAUAUUAGAUCAUAGUAUUUAAUAUGUCACUUGUAAAAUAUAAUAACUAUGUUGUACAGGCCAUCAUGCUAAAUGAACGAAUAGUAAUAUUUUGUGCUUUAUAUUCCAUGAUUUAUAACAGCUUUGUUAUUUAUUAAAAUCAAAAUUCAGCAAUAUAUGUAUUUGAACUAUUGCCUACAGCAAGAAUGUGUUUUGUACGAAACUCGCUCAGGAUUCCAACACAUAAACCACAGAACUGAAACAUUUUGUUUUCAUUUCAUUAUUACUGCUUGCAUUUAGAUUCGGUACUAAUACUAAUACUAUUUAAGAAAGAAUUGACAAUUUUAAAUGAUAUUUGUAUUGCAUUUUUGAAAACCAGAAUUGUCAACUGUAUUGAAGCAUUACAUGUAUGUAUGUGUUGAUUAAUUUGCUACAUUGUAUGCUGUUUUGACCAUUUGGCUUUGUUAUAAAUGCCAAUAGAUAAGGAUUUCAAGUUUGGAAAUAAGAAGUUGGAACAUGAAUGUCAUAUCAUUAACAGUUUUUACUUUCACGGCAUGAAAAUUCAUUAUCGGACAUAACUAGAAUAUUCUGUUUUAAAAAUCAGUUGUAAACUGAUGACGAGUAUGUUCUGUAUUGUGAUUGGUUAAUUACAUUCUUUUUCCAAGAUCAAAUGAAAAUAACACCCGGAAAGCUAAUGAUGUCAUUAGAAAGUAAUGUCAUUAGCAAUUGGAACAGGCGAAGUUGAUGAUUCAAGGGACUGCAGUUAGAUUAUAGCCAGGUAUUUUUUUUCUCAAGAAAUACCAAAUAUACAGUUAGUUCUGCAGAAAAACGAUUCAAUUUACAAUGGACAUAACCAUAUGGAGUUUUUAGAUUUGCGGGUGUUAUUUUCUAUUUGAUGUCCUCAAAUGUUUCAUUUUUUACCUCAAACUAACGCCUUCGCACAUGGGCCCUACUGUCAUAUCUUUCCAAUGUUUUCUCAAUUUGUUAUUUUUUUAAGAUGAGAUAAGAAAGGUAAAAAUAUUUCUUUGUGUUUGUAUGUGUUUAUGUAAUGUUAACUGACAAUGCAACCCUGGCCUAAAAAAAACUUGUUUAAUCAAAAUUAAAUUACAUCAGAUUAAUGCCAGUAAACAUGUUCUUGUGUGAUCUAUGGUUAAAAUUUGAAGCAUGAUUUUGUUUGAAAGCUUGCAGUUGAAAAUGAGGUUUUCUUUUUGCAGCAUGUGGUCGGCUACAUGUAAAAACCAAACCCCAACAUUUCUUCUACAUGCAGCUGACUGGUUGUGUUAAAUGUAGAAUUCAAAUGGGAAAAGGUUUUACCUUUAAUAAACAUCAUUUGAGUGGUAAUAUCCUUCAGCAUGCAAAAAAGGAGUUGAAAUCAUUUGUUUAUGUCAACUUUGAAACACCCAGCUAUUUGCUGUAAGCCAACAGAUUCGUAAAAAUCAACUUCUUCAUUUUUCUUUUUUUUUAUCCCAUAAAUUCUUUUAAUUAUUUUCUUGUUCUUGCAUAUAUAUUAUAUAUAUACCAACCAGUCAGCUACUAAAAUGGGUAGAUUUACAGUUAAACAAAAUUGUUUGACGAUUGUAGUGUACAUUGUUGCUCUUUUGUGCUUAUACUUCCAUCUGUGAUAUUUAUAGUGUAAUGAUAUUAUUUUAUUGAGGUUAAUGCUCGAACCUAUUAUAUCUGUAUAUGCUUGAUACUACUUGGCCUUUAAAAAGGCAUAUUAUUGCAUCCUGUUUUAGUUUUUACUUUCUCACAUAUGCACUAACAUUAAGUGACAUUUCUUUUUCAUCCAUUGUGUUAUUUAUGCUCAAUCAUUCUUUAGUUAAUCCCAGUAUAAAGAAUUUUACUUUUUUAAAAAUGAAUGUUAUUAAAUUAUUCUAAUGGUUUUAAAUUUGUGCUAAAUUCUCAAUCUACUUUAGUUGUUUUCACUGUUUGCAUACCAUUGUAAUAUCACAUGGGAUAUGUAUGAUCGAAUGAAUGAAUGUUGAACAACACCCCAGCAGCAAAAGAAUAUAAUAUAUCGGCCAAGUAUGAGCAUGUGGCAUUGUGAGUGCAUACUAGAUUACUCUACAUGAACUGCACAAUAUGAAACUACAAUAUACUGUGCAAAGCUGUAUAUGCUAAGAAAUGGUACUAUAUCAUGUAAAGCUUGUCAAUGUUACAUUAGUUUGCUGAAUGACUUGAUAUUACGCUAUACUAUUUUAAAGAUACCACAUAAACUUACAAGUGGUAUGCAUGGCAACUGCACACUCUUUGAUGUUUUGAUUGACAGCCAGUAGUCCUGAGUGCAACAGUACGGGAGUGUAUCUGCUAUCACCAAAGUGUGCAUUAACUAUGUAUACAACAAAUAUGUUUAUGUGGUAACUGACUUGUACCAGAGCUGGUUUAUCCUAGUAGCACAUGUAGCACAUGCUACGGGCCCUGUGCUUCAGGGGCCCAAUGAUUAUGUGUACAUCUAUUUUCCCCAGGUCAUUUUUCCCCUCUCGCCGAGGGGGUUGCAAAAUAUAUAUCCUUGGAAGGCUGCCCCGCUGUUAUUUGUGCUACAGGCCCUGCGGAUCCUUAAAGCGGCUCUGACUUGUACCAUACCCUGUGAUGUUGCAUAAUGGAAUAAGAAUGUUUGGCUUGGUGAGAGGUUGGGGUUUAAUACGUAUGCAGUUAUACAUAUCUAUUGCAUACUUUUGUUAAUGGGAAAACAACCUAAGUGUGGUAUAAAGUGAAAUAGACCAUGUUGUAUCAUUCCAAUAAGUGUCACAGGGUGGAAUUUGUUCUUCAAGUCCUAGUUUGUAAUUAUUCGAUUUUAUACUUGUUGAAUUUUGUUACAAUACUAGAAAUAAUGUUACUGGGGCAUUACCCUGUUAAGAAUUGUAUUGCACAAAUAGUUUUGUCUAGAACAGUAGGAUAUGUGUAGACAAGAAUAUAUAUAUUUUUUUAGAUUAUAAUGCAAAUGAGUUUACUAGUAGUAGUACAAUACUGAUAUAAUUUUUUUAAAGUAUAAUUUUAAAUGUACCUGAUUUCUGAGACAUCCAGUUCUUCUUAAUGAUGCCUAAAAUACAUUUCAUUGGCUGACCAAAAUGUUUUUUUAAGUACCAGAAUAAAAACCUUUUUUUAAUUUUAAAACUUAAAAAAAUAGAUAUUAUUAUUACAUGUGUUGUUAUAUAUAUUUUUAUUUUAUUUAAUUAUUGCUGAUUUAGGAAUCUUACACUAUAUAGGGUAUCUCUACAAAAAAUCAUCUUCCAUGUAUACCUACAUAUAUGUUUAGGCAGUCAAACUUGCAUAUUGAGUGGUGCUGCAGAUUUCUUGUUCAAACUGGUAUUCAAAAUACAAAUGUUCAGUACAUUUGCAAAUGUCACUACUGUACGAGAUCAGAGUCAGAUUUUCCCAUCUUUGAUUCUUUUUUUCUUUUUAAAAUUUUUCUUUUCAUUCAUUCUUUCUUUAAUUUUUCUUUUCAUUCAUUCUUUUAUUCUUAAAUAAUUGUUUGGCACCCAGUUGCCGAUGUGUU